CCAAGAGGCAACAGAAAACAUGGUGCAUCAUUUAUCAUCACUAGAGCAAUUACAGGUCCUGCACUGUUUCUGCUUCGAUAUAUCUGGUACAGCCCUGCCAAGUUUUCUCUGCCCACUGGACUGGUUCGUCUAGUUAGUAAGCAGAUCAACUGGCACCUAGUACUUGCAAGCAACGGUAAAUUGUUAGCAGUCGUUCAAGACCAAUGUGUAGAAAUCAGGUCUGCAAAAGAUGACUUUGGAUCCAUAGUUGGAAAAUGUCAAGUGCCAAAGGAUCCUAACCCUCAGUGGAGGAGAGUGGCUUGGAGUCAUGAUUGUACGUUACUUGCUUAUGCUGAAAGCGCUGGAACAGUGAGAGUGUUUGACCUAAUGGGUAGUGAGCUUUUGGUCAUUUCACCGACAGCAAGUUUUCCAGGAGACCUGAGUUACGCUAUUGCUGGAUUGAUCUUUCUAGAAUACAAAGCAAGUGCCCAGUGGUCAGCUGAACUGCUUGUCAUUAAUUAUCGUGGAGAACUGAGAAGUUAUCUUGUAAGUGUUGGAACAAAUCAAAGCUUUCAAGAAAGUCAUAGUUUCAGCUUUAGCAGCUGUUAUGCCCAUGGAAUAACUACUGUCAUUUAUCAUCCUGGUCACAGACUCCUGCUCGUAGGAGGCUGUGAAACGGAUGAAGAUGGAGUAUCUAAAGCAACUGGUUGUGGGAUAUCUGCUUGGAGAGUUCUGUCAGGCUCUCCCCAUUAUAAACAGGUCACUAGUUACAAAGAUGACAUUAGAACAGUAAGUAUAGGAAUAUUAAAGAUUAUGAAUUUAAGAUUUUACAACAGGCGGGGAACAGAACAGGAUGGAGUUUUCAAGAUGAAUCUUUCUCCUGAUGGAGCUCUUCUGGCAGCUAUUCAUUUCUCAGGAAAACUCACAAUCUGGUCUAUUCCCUCCCUCAGACAACAAGGAGAAUGGGGCCAAACUGAUCAGCCAGGUUAUGAUGAGAUCAAUCCAGACUGGAGACUCUCUAGUGAAAAGAGAAAGAAAAUAAAAGAUAAAGAAUCCUAUUACCCAUUGAUAGAUGUAAAUUGGUGGGCAGAUAAUUCUGUCAUCCUGGCUCGCUGCUCUGGUGCAUUGACUGUGUCAUCAGUCAAGACGUUAAGAAACUUGCUGGGAAAGUCAUGUGAAUGGUUUGAGAGUUCUCCUCAGGUCACUUCAGCUCACGAUGGAGGAUUUCUAAGUCUGGAGUGUGAGAUAAAACUCAUUCCAAAAAGAUUGCGCUUGGAAAGCAGACCUGGUGAUGAAGAUGAGGGAGAAGAUGACUCUGACUCAGAUGAUGAAACUUCUGCUAAGGACAGAUACUUCAGCUACCUAAAGCAAGGCCUGUACUUUGUGACAGAAAUGGAACGAUUUGCUCCUCCGCGGAAACGUCCACGUACUAUUACAAAGAAUUUCCGCCUUGUCAGUUUGAGAUCCACGACUCCAGAGGAACUGUACCAGAGAAAGAUUGAUAAUGAAGACUAUGGGGAAGCUUUGUCUUUAGCUCAAGCAUAUGGCCUUGAUUCUGAUCUUGUGUAUCAAAGACAGUGGAGGAAGUCGGCUGUUAAUGUUGCUUCAAUUCAAGACUACUUGAGCAAAAUUAAGAAGCGUGCGUGGGUUCUCCAUGAGUGCUUGGAAAGAGUUCCAGAGAAUGUGGAUGCUGCUAAGAAGCUGCUUCAGUAUGGCUUGAAAGGCACAGACUUGGAGGCUCUUGUAGCCAUAGGAAAAGGAGAAGAUGGUGGCAG